AUGCUGCCAGAUAAUUUGCAAGACUUGAUUCAUGCGAAAUAUGAGGCUGCACAAGCGAAGAGGGCUAUAGAAUUCACAAAAACUACUACUUCAAAGCUUAAGGACCCCGAAAGUGGCUUAAAGUACGUAGUAUCUUUUGCCGAACACUUACAGAAGAAACCCGAACGUGGGGAUAAAGCCUUGGAAAAGGUCGAUCCUUUCGCAAAUGUUGAGCCAGAUUUAACCGUUUUGGAGUCGGUUAACGACGAUUAUAGGUUAGUGUUAAAUAGGUAUCCGGUGACGCCAGAGCACAUUUUGCUAAUUACAAAAGAUUUUAAGCCACAAACCUCGGCGUUAUCACCAAAAGACCUCAUGACAGGUUACAAAUUGUUGGAUAAAUUGGAUGACGAUGAGCAAAGAUUUAUGUUAUUCUAUAAUUGCGGAGCUAAUAGUGGGUCUUCGGUCGACCACAAGCAUCUCCAGUUAAUGAGAAUGCCCGAGAAAUUUACUGCGUUCCAGGAUAUGCUAUGCAAAGGUGAGCAACACUUUAUUCCAGGACCGCAGAAAGAGCCACUUCAGGACAAAAGGGUAUCCUUCAGUCACUAUGUACUGCCACUACCGGAAGAAGCUGUAAAAGUAACCGAGGACCUCCUUGCUAUGUCCUAUGUUGCAGUUCUUCAGCGUGCACUAACCCAUUUCCAGAAUUGGGCUGCUGACAAACCCGACUUGGAGACGGCAUACAAUUUUAUAAUGACAAAGCAAUGGAUUUGUAUUGUACCUCGUUCAAAACCUGCCAGUGAGGAGUAUCGGAUUGGGUUCAAUUCCACAGCAUACCUUGGUCUAGUCUUGGUCAAAUGGGAAGAUACCCUAAAGAAGAUAACCGAAUCGCCUCAGAUUUUGGCUAAAGUUCUCAUGGAAUGUUCAUUUCCCAACACAGCCGGAGAGAAGUCCACCGAGUAUAAUUAUUAA